AUGACACCAUCCCUCCGACGCCAGUCUGGGCGUAGUUCCGUCCGCGCUCGUAUUGACGCAGCUCCGUACUCCCCACCGAGCAAGACGAAACCUGUCGAUAUCAGUCGUGGUGUCCCAAAGAAGUCCAGGGCUCGUGGCAUCACGCACAACGCGAUCGCUAAAAUCUCUGACGACUCUGAAUACGUUCUUGUGGAGAACGCUAGCCCCAGCUCUACGAACACAGUCCUAGCGGCCUUCGAGGACAUACAAGCUGAUUUGCAGGUCGCCAAGAGCCAGCUCGAUGAACUAUCGAAGAGAGAGAGAACCGCAAUAACGUGCCCAGUUUGCAUGGAGCCCAAUUUUCUGCCUCGCAUGCUGAACUGUGGGCACGUAUUCUGCCAGGCGUGCUUGUCUUCCCACUACCACGCUCAGCGUAGUGCAAACUGUCCUCUGUGUCGGGCGGCCAUCCCUCUGUAUCAAGAUUUCCCCUUGUGCUACCAGCUUCGCGCGCAGGCUGUGGCGUGGGCGAAUGCGAACGCAGUGACUGUACCUCCUCUGCAGAAAUUCUUCUGUUUCCCCCCGCCGCGACCGCCAUCGCCGCCUCGCCCUCCACGUCCAGCUGGUGAGGCUGCGUAUGGCCCUAUGCAUAUAUAUACGCAUCGCAUCAAGUACACGUACAGUCGCUCCUGUCGUCGCCGCUUUCAAAAACGCGGAUAA